UAUCUCCAUUGAAUAAUUGAUCAUUGAAUUGCUAUUUAUCAUAACCUGACAAAGUUGUACAAACAGUACAAAUUUCAUGAAUGUAAAAACUAUUUCCAGCCUUCCAAUAAUUCAUUUUAUCAUCAAAACCACCAAACAGUAACAAACAAAACUGUUCUAGCCUAGAAUUUAUCUUUUCCUUUGGCACUGUAUUUGCUUUGACUAGUUGAUUUUUCAUUCACUACAUCUACAAAGCACACCAAAAGUUCAAGAACAAACCAAAAAGAGACUGAGAAAAGAGAGAGUUCAGAAGUGAAGAUCCUGGAGCUUGGAACUGAGAAAUUGUUAGAGGAAACAGUCUUUCAGGAUUUGUCUGACGGCUGGUAUGUUUGCUGAACAGGACCAGAAAAAAGAGGUCUCAUGGAGACUUCUAUUGAACAUCACAUCCAACACAUAAUUAACAUUCCAGAAGUGAUGGAGCCUGCACUGUGGCCAGAAUGUUGUAUCUACAAGGUACCAACUAGUCUUUUGAAGGUGAAAGUGGUGGCCUACACUCCUCUGUUGGUCUCAAUUGGCCCUGUCCACCAUAAGAAUGCUCAACUAGAGGAAAUGCAUGAGCAGAAACAAAGAUAUUUUCAUUUCUUUUGGGCACGCCUAAGCCAAAUGAGCAAGCUUGAUUUGCUGCAGUACAAAGCCUUACUUGAACUAGAAGAGAAAAACCUACGCCGUUGUUACCAAAAGAAAUUCCCUGAUAUCAGCAAGGAGCAAUUUGUGGAGAUAAUGUUGUUGGAUGCUGUGUUCAUCAUGGAGCUGUUUCUGAGACAAUCAAGAAAAUGGGAACACAAGGAGGACUAUCUAAUAACUCAAGGUUGUAUUGGAAAAAGUAUCCAGUGUGACUUGAUGCUGCUUGAGAACCAGCUUCCAAUGAUAGUGUUGGAAAAACUAUAUGAUAAUGUUGUCCCAAGCAAUGUCAAAAGCCACGCUAGAUUUAUUAACCUUGCUCAUGAGUACUUUGGAUCUUAUUAUCCUCAUGAACAAUCUUCAGAAAACAAGUUCGAGCAAAGAAAGUGGGAGAAAUCACUGCAUUUCACUGAUCUAAUUCGAAAUUCCUAUCUCCCAAAGAACCUGAGCAUUCAGAAAAACUGUAAUCUUAAGGAGUGUGUACUAAGGACUGCAACAAAGUUGAAUGAGGCUGGGAUAAGCUUUGACAUGUCUCAAGACAGAUCCUUACUUGAUGUCAAGUUUGAGAAGAAACGAUUCUUCAGCUGGUUUCUUUGCUUGGGUUGUUUGCCAUGCUGCAAGUUGUUCAAAGCUCGGUUUCAGAUCCCCCAGUUGAAAGUAGACCACACAACAGAAUGUGUUCUGAGGAACCUAAUAGCAUUUGAGCAGUGUCACUAUCCUGAAGAACCUUACAUCUGCAACUAUGUUUCUCUUAUUGACUCUCUUAUUCACACCAAAGAUGAUGCAGAGUUGCUGGUUGAGAAAGAAAUUAUUGUCCAUGAACUGGGGAGUGAUCAAGAACUGGCAAAUCUGGUUAAUGAUCUUUGCAAACAUAUGGUGACAAAUUCAACAUGCUACCACCAGAUCAUGGAAGAUGUUAAUGAACACUACAACAAUGAUUGGAAAUGGGCAAUGGGGACAUUGAGGUGGGUUUACUUCAGAGACCCUUGGAGAAGCAGUUCUACUAUAGUGGGGGUUGAAGUCCUAAUAUUCAAUGCCUUCAACUUCUACCGUGUUACUGAUCUACUCUUUUAGUAAAUUGAGAAUUAUAUUGAUGGAA